CUAGCAGCAACAACAACACAUGCAAUCAUCUGUCACACCACACUCUGUCACAACAACAUCCCGCCAUUCAUCUUCACAACAACAAAACACACACAAUGGAGGAAGAGGAAAGAGAUCGAGGAGCGGUGGUGCAGCUGCAACUUAGGAAGCAGAAGCGACGCAUGCACCCGGCGUUUCAAGAGGAAGACGAUGACGAUGAUGACAGUGAUGAUCACCAUGGGGCGGACACUGGAUCACUGCUCACGAAACGAGCACACACCACAGCCAUCUGCCUGGAAGACACAGAAGCCAAGGCCAAACGACUCACGUCCGAAGGUGUUACGCUGGCUGUUGAUGGCAAGUAUGGACAUGCGAUUGGCCGCUGGAACGAAGCCAUUGCUCUGGAGCCAACGCCAGAGCGUCUGGAGAUGAAGGCCCAGGCACUCAUGGAGAUGUACCAGUACUUUCCCGCCAUCCAAGCCGCCGAAGAGGCUUUGCGGCUGCGACCAGAGUGGCCGGCAGCGUUGUUGACGCUGGGACGCGCGCAGCUCAACUUUGGCGAGCUGCUGUUGGCGGAAGCAACAUUGGUCAAGGCAAUCGCCAUCCUGGCCCGCAGCAGCCACACAGGCGACAAGCAAGACCCGGCAAGCAAUGACAGCAAUGCCACCACCACGGAUGAGGGUGGUGAACAGCGUAGGCAGGCGCAGGACGACCUGUGGUUCGUCCAAGAGCUCAUCCAACGCAAGCGGUCGCAAGGCCUCGAACCCCACGACAGACGGCCGCACCAACCACCAAAGCCACCCCCAUAGACGCUCUGUGUAUGAAUGUGUGUAUGAAUGCAUCCAUGUCUGUGUGUGUGUGUGUGUGUGUGUGUGUGUGUGUGUG